AUGGCGAAACCCCAACACUGGUCGUGGACCAGCCUCAUCGCCGCCCUUCAUAUAGCUUGCACCAUCGCUGCAACAACGACUCACCCUCCUUGGUUCAACGGAUACUACGUACACUAUGAGGGCGGCAACAUGCAAACUGAUACCAUCAGCUGUGAAAAGACAUCGUCCUUCUCCAGUUCAGGAUCCUACGCCAACUGCUGCGGCACUAAAGGCGAAGAAUGUCCCAUGCCGACGACCUGUCGCGAUCACACGGUAUAUAUGGAUAACGGCGCCUACUACAAAUGCGGCACAUCCAGCGACUGCGUCACCAUGACCGUCUACGAAACCUAUCCUUUCGGGGAACCCUUCGUCAAAAACGUCUUCUGCUGGCCUAACUGGGACGCCCACACCGUCUAUCGCCAACUACCUACCUUCCCGACUACCGCCUCCGUCGCAACCACGUCCGGCCUCACCGCGUCCGCCGGCUCCACAGUCCUCGAAGCGACCGCCAGCAGCACGAGCAGCAGCAACGCUGAUUCCGACUCGGACUCGGACUCCGAAAAUCCCUCUAACAAGGGCUGGAUUGCCGGCGCCGUGGUCGGACCCGUCUGCGGCAUUGCACUGGGAUUGUUCGGCGUUUGGGUGGGAUAUCGCAAGGUGCGGAAGGCGCGCGCCAUGCAGGCUGAGGCGACGAUGGUGUUUUCUGCCGCGCAGGCGCAGGCGCAGACUGUGCAGGACGGGUGGUAUCCGCAGGAGGCGUAUGGAAGGGGGGUGUAUCCGCAACCGCAUGUGGAAUUGGAUUCGUCGAUUGUGCACCAGAAGCCUUGA